CCCAAGGCAAAAAGUCACAUAGCUUUGGUGCCUUUUAGGCGUUAUGAAGGGGUUUUUGUUAAAUGGGUAGAGAUUUUAGUUCUCUGAUGAAGGGAUUAUCUCAAUAAAACUGAUUGAACCUAAGACUGAGGAGUUUGGAAUACUGAAUCAUGACUUAUAUAAAUCUAUAUAAAUCAAUUUCUCUGCCAGAAAAUGAAUAACCAACUUCAUUCAAAUGACAAUUCAACAAUUACAAAGUCUGCUAGCGGUUAAUUAAAAGCUACCAUCUCAUUAUAUUCAGAGGUUCCAUGACUAAAGGAGCAAGCCAAGUUUCCAUUGGCAUGGUGGAUAUUAAAUGUCUGACAGACAAUGAAUUGCAGCAACAGCUUAUCAAGCACGGAUAUAAUCCAGGGCCAAUAAUACCUUCUACAAGACAGGUUUAUGAGGAUAAACUACAAGAAUUGAUAACACAACAUAAGGCUAAGAAGAAAAGCGAAGAUCUAAAUAAGGAUCUGGAAUGUGAGGGAGAAAAAGAGAAUCUUGAUGAUCGCAUUUUGGAAAGAGCCAUCACAAGAUCAUCAAGAAGAAGUAAACAAGGCACAAAAGAGAGUUGUGCACUUGAAAAAUCUGCAAAACAAAAGAGUUUUAAAUUAGAACAGAGUGUCAGUCCUUUACUUCAACGUGGCAGAAAGUUAUCUUCAGAUUAUUCCUCGAAUGGUGAUGUUGACAUCUUUUACGCUGAUCCCUGCUCUCACACAGGAAUAAGGAUUACAAUAAGAAGACCAUUAAAUACCAAGACAGAGGAUCCACAAAGAGAGAAAAUGUUGGAAGAUAUGAAAACUGUAGAAAAGAAAGUAGGAGUGAUUUCAAUCGCCUUUAUAAUUACUGUGUUGCUCAUUUUUGCCUUUAUAAUUUUUGUCUACUUAACCAUGGAAAAGAAGGUCGCAGGCUAGUUACAUACAGUAAGACUAGCAUGAAGACAACAAGCAAUGGGCUCCUGAUUGAGUAAUGUAUCAUUCUCUCUUCCUUCAGUAAAAGAACUCAGAACAACUUUGGAAUUAGUAUGCUCAAGUAAAAAGCCAAAUGCAGUGA